GACUUCACCGCCCCUUCCCUCCUCCGCCCCUUGGCAGGCGUCAUCCAAAUGCGGCUGGCGAUUGCGUCACGCCGUCUCGCUCCCUCCGCGUCACGUGACGGCCACGCUCGCUCGGCCCUCCCCUUCCUCCCCCCCUUCGAACCGUUGCUGAGGCAAGAGCCCCCUCCCCCCUCAGCGCGGCGGCGCCGGCGACCUAGAAGGCACCCGCGGCACGUACGGAAUGGAGGACGGGCGGGGCAAGGAACGGGUUCCUCACAUCUGCAAGACCCGGUGGCGGACUCGUAAGGAAUGAGACGAGAGUAACUGCCUUGUUAUUGUUUCGUCGUCAUCCUCCCCCUUCCCCCCCACCCUUCCUUCAGGACAGUGUCAUGGCCGCGGCGGGGCGGGCAGGCCUUCACGUGACCAGAGAAGCGGCCAGGUGGCUGACGGGCACCGUCACGUGACGUGGGUAAGUGGCAUGGCGGCGGGAGUAGUUGUCUCCUUUUGUCACGUGAUGCGGUCUGGCUUCUGCCGUGCGUGAGCUAACUGUUUCCGGUCACGUGUGCCUUCUCUGCCGAGCUCCUUGGCCGCCCCAUGGCCCAGGAGGAGGCGGCGGCGUUGCGAGCCCUUCAAGCCGGGAGCGAGGCGUCGUUGGCGCACCGUGCUGUCCGCCUUUGAGAGUGAGGACUUGAGGGCUUCAUUGUAUGCCGCCAAGAUCAGGAGGAGCGAGGAGUGAAAGUCCAGGGCCUCGGUAGAUACCCCUCACGGUAGGGGGCCUGACGGAUUCAACGGUUCCGGGUUCGGAGGGCCGUCUCACUAGUUUUUGCUUCUUCGGAAGCGGGUAAUGAAUCUUUAAUACUGGUCUGGGUUUCCUCUCUUCAUGAAAGCCUGCUUAUUGCAAGGCCAUAGGAUGUGGAUAUAGUUGCGCAUGGCGAGGAAGCAUGGUCCCCCCCCCCCCGCUUUCGUACCUGUCAGUCCUUCCAAUUAAUAUUUGUUUUUCUCUGAGUGUUUUUACCUCUACUUUAGGAAGUACUGUGGUAGCAAAGUUUUGUUUUGAGUCUAUAUGUUUGCUUUUCGUGCUUUUUAAUCUUUUAUUCUAAAACUGUGCUAUAAGUGCAACGGAAGGAUUGGCUAAUAACUUGGAAGGGGUGGUGUGGGAGAGGGCUAGUGCAAUUUUGGAAUGCUGAAGCUUUUCUUCCAGAAACUAGGGCUUAGAAAUGUGGAAGGCAGAGUCUUCUGAAUGAAGUAUUGUUUAGAUGUUGGAAGAUGCAUGUGCAUGAGUUCUGCUUUGUUGGUAGUACAAUACAAAUAACCUUUAAAAACCCACAUUACUGUUUCCUAUAAUAUUAUAUUGCUAAGUUCUCGAUGGCACUAGAAAUCAUGCGUAGGCACACUUUUAAAAUGCAGAGUAAAGAAAGUAAAGUGCUUGGUGUUUCUAUUACAGGGUUCUUUAGUGCAUUACAGCUGAGUGCCUGAAACAAAGCAUUUGAAGUUUUAACACAAUUUGAGAGAGGCACACAGCUCUCUUCUAAAUUAGUACGUAUAUCCUAUUUGUCAUGGGGCAGUACUUUGAUUUACCAAGCUUUAGUAGGUAGGCUGUGUAGGGAAUUUGUGAGAUAACACUGAUGUGAUUAUUCCUUCAGUUGUGAGUUCAUUCAAUAAUGUGAAAGAAAACUUAGUGGUCUGGAGGAGAAAACUUUGAUUUGGAAGCUGGGUGUAUUUUACCACGUUAGUCAAUUAGAUAGUGUUUUAUGCAAAGUCCGUACUGUACAUGCUUGCUUCUCUGGGCACACAUUGGAGAUGGUAGGAACAAAUCUCUAAUGAAAGUUAAGAAUGGGUUUGAUAGUCCUUUAUUAUCUUCCUGUUGAAAGAAUACAAACAGCUGCAAUCGGCUUUCCCCCAGCUCUGUGAAUGCUUUACAAAAUAAAUUAUUUACCCAUCUAUACAAAAUUUCUGAGUGUUUGAUAACUGGUAGUUUGUUAAUACUGAGUGACAACUCUUUUACAACCAGAUAGGCAAAAAGCUUGUGCCAUUCUAACAUUAGCAGAAGAAGGCUGGGCAAUAAUGACUUGGUCCAAGGUGAGGGUUGGUUUUUUUCCCUUAGUAGGACUUCUGUUUACAUCGCUAUCCAGUUUACAUCAUCUAAAAAUAAUUUUACCACAGGCAAAACAAUGACACUGUGUAUAUUUCGUUGGGUCUGUGAUUGGAGUCUAUACACACAGCAGGAUAGACAUGUUCAUCGUGUGGCAAUAUAAAUGAGAUGCAUUCAGUUUCUUACCUUUGGUUAGUUGAAGUAUAAUGUUUUGUCUUUCAAAACCAUAGCUUAGAAGAUUGAAAAUAAGACUGGCUCAUGUGUUCUGCAUCCUCUUUCACACAGCGAUUACCCCACCUUCCCUACUUCAGAAAUUCAUAUUCUGGUGUUGCAUCCAAAGCAAACAGAAGAAUUCAAGCCCACUUUAGACCUUGAAUAAUUGGGGGGGGGGGGAGUUCCACUGCAGAAACAGAAAUCCUUGCACUAACAGAACUGCUUCAUUGGCUAUUGCCAGCUGUUCUAAGCAGUCAUAAUAUGAGUACAGUGGUACCUCGCAAGACGAAUGCCUCUCAAGACGAAAAACUCAAAAGAGUUUUUCGUUUUUUGAGUUGCUUCGCGAGGCGAAUUUCCCUAUGGGCUUGCUUCGCAAGACGGAAACGUCUUGCAAGUUUGUUUCCUUUUUCUUAAAACCAUUACAGUAAUGCAGGGUGCAUUGCUUGAAGAGGUGCAGUUGCGACUUGACUUCGGGGAGCAACUCAUAGCACGCGGUGUGGUAGCCUUUUUUGAGGUUUUUGAAGAUUUUUUUGAAAAAAUUGAAACCGUGCUUCGCAAGACGAAAAAACUCGUGGAACAAAUUAAUUUCGUCUUGCAAGGCACCACUGUAUAUUAACUAAUAUGCUAAUGUUGUAUGGAUUAAUAGAGCAGUUCUAAAGUUGGAAGUAUUUCCUGUUCAAGCAGUAAACCUUAAACUGACUGACCUUUUUCCUAGGGCAGUAUAAAAAGCCAUACUAGUCCGGCACAAAAAGGAUAUCCAUGUAAUAUAUUGAACUUGACCAAACCAACCUUCAGAAACCUUUUAUUGAAAUAUAAGCUAGGCUAGUUAUUAAAAGUAGUCUUUGCUUUUUGUGCUAUUGGUGUUCAUUUAAUUUAGGAAGAAUUAGUCUUCUCUGGUGUUCUAUCAUAGUUCUAACAGCAUUUGCUUGUGAAGUGUUUGGCUGAAAAUUGCAUUAUGAAUAUAUGCAAUACUCAUUAAGUGGAGCCCGGAGAUUGGAGCAUAUUACUAUGAUCUAAUGUUAACUGAAGGGGCUGCCUAUUUACUUCUGGGUUCAGUUUAAAGUGCUGGUUCUAGCCUUUAACCAAAUGAUUUGCUGGGACCUAGUUUUUUUUGUGUGUGUUUUUAAACAAAAUUUAUAUACCACUUGAUUGUAGUAAAACCUCUAAGUGGCUUACAAGAAAUAUUAAAAUUAUCAGCAAAAAACUGUUAAAAACAAUUAAGAAUAUUUUAAAAUAAGUAAAUGUAACAAAGAAAGUUUAAUUGUUGGUUAUCUCAGGAACUGCCUACACCUGUGAGCCUCUCUUUUAAGAUUUCUGAAAUAUCUUUAAAACCAACAACCCUGUCAAAUUUGCCACUUCUUAAUUACGUGUUUCCACUUCUCUAUAGUGUGUAGUGAAACAUAGCUGUGUUUCCAUAUCUUCACAUUGUUUAUUUCCCUGCCCACAUCCCACCAGAAGCAAUCAACAGUGUGAAGGAGGCAUGGGGAAAUGCAAGGUGUGAUUACACCAGGACAUUGGAGAGGGGAACUUGACAUGUGGUUGGCACACUCAGACUUGUGUUUAUUGAAGACUACUCAGCCCCACUCAGGGCAGAUUUUAAUCUGCAGCACUUGCCAGCUAAUCAGUUAAAGCUUGAUGCUUUUAUUUGAGGGGUGGCAGAAUUACUAGUCCCUAUCUCUUUUUUUGAAGACUAGUAUCCGGAAUAUGCAGGACCCAGUGAAAUUGAGUUAGAAUCAGUUUUCAGAUAAUUGCAUCCUCCCUGCAGGUCUCCUCAAGGAAGUCUAUGCAAGGACCCUGGACCCGCCGGAGAGAAUUUUAUGGGUUUGCAGGGAGGAGGAAAGGAAAGAGCAUUCCACUUGCACAGCCAUUGGAUAUUAUACAGUAUAUUUUGCAGUAUACAUUGCAGAGUGGUUUGGGAUAGAUAGAGGGCUUAUUCAGCAAAUGGAACCACCAACUGAAACAGUCAAAUUUUUAAAUGAUCAUUCAGCAAGGAAGAGUGCAUUUUAAAAGGUUAUUAGAUGGCACUCUCCCAGCACUUUUUGGCAAGUUUCAUAAUCUUUUGGACAAUAUAAAGGCUUAGGGAGAUCAAUUGACCUAGGACUUUACUUGAUUCCCCUCAUUUUCAGGUCAGACAGAAUUAUUUCUUUGGACUAUUGGUCAUAGCUGUAUUUCCAUACAUUUUUGGCCAGAUUCAGUAAACAGUUGCACUAACAGGAGCCCACAGGAGCCUUUCAAGUGCAAAGGGACUUCUCUCUUCUCUCCAUGCACCCACUCAGAAUGGCUGUAGGGGGAGGACUUCCGGGUUAGCGCCAUCGCCGAAUGGCGGACUCCCUCCGAGCUCCGGAGGGAGUCUGCUCGGCAGGGGCUGGGUCCUACCGCGCCGGCGACGCGGGGACCCUUAAAAACCACGGGCACGGAGUCCGUGGACAUGGGUGACUCGGCUUGCACCAUUAGCGCCCUCCCGACUCGUGAAGGAGCCUUUUAAAGGCUUCGGAUCGGGUGCCGGGGAGUGGCGUGGUGCUUUGAGUCCACUGCUUUCCCUGCCGAGCGCAGCCGCAUGCCAUUCGACGGAGAGCGCUGACUUCUUCUAUUGAAAAUUUGGACUAUUAACAACAACCCGUGAGUAAUUGGGAAACCGGGUUCAAAAUUUUGGAUUUGGCACGAGCGGGGCGAUUUAAAAGGAAGUCAAUCCCCCCCCCUAUUGUAAGCAUUCCAAAACAAGGACUGGGUAACCAAGGUCCAAAGGGAAGUAUGUCUCUGAUAAAAAUCAUUAAUUUCACGAUGGGAAAUUAUAAGAAAUGUGCUGGAGGAGAAGAGUGGAGGGUGAGAAGAAAAUGCAACCCCCCUGGGAACCGGGGCGAUUCGUGGAGCCUGGUGAAGAGAGACGGAGACUUUGACAGCUGUCAAAGUGGCUGUCAAAGCUGGAGAAUAUAAAGAGGACUUUGUUAUGAGGACCUUGCUGGUUAAUUUUGUUACAAUUUGCUAUAAUAUGGAUAUAAACUGUUGGAAAAUAAGCAACAAUUUGACUUUUGGAUUAGAGGAUACAAAGUUAUUACAAUCCCCUAGAGGGGUUUCGGGAUACUACAAGAACGGUCGUAAGUGGAAAAAUACCCUGGGAUUCGCACAGGAUUUGUUAUCUUCUGGGAAAGCUGCAAAACUGAAAGAGUAUUUUGUCUACAGAGGAAGACAAUGGAAUUUUUUAUUGAAGAAAGGAAGGGACUGGACGUAAGUUUUUGUUCCUGAAUAACAAACCUCUGCAGAGACACUAGAUUUCUGAAUUAGAAAGUUUUAGCAGCUGAACAGGACAAGAAACCUGAGAAAGUGAGGAAUAAGAAGAAUAAAGGACUGAUUACGACACGGAAAGAACAACGGGAGGAGUGGUAAAGAUCAAGGAAAUUAAAGGCCUUUGUUAGAUUGGAUAUUUGAAGUCAAAUAUUAUUUAAAUUAAUAAACUAAAAGAAAACCGGCAAGAUGGAAUCGGGGAGAAAUCUGGUCAUGAAAUGAGACUUCCAAGCUGAUAAUGUAUAGACUGAUGGACAUGGGGAAUUCAAACCGGGAAGGGGGGAGAUUUGAAAUCCAAAGGCUGUGUAACCAUUUUUUGAAUUUUUCUAUAUCUCUUAUUUUCUAUUUCUUUACAUAACUUACGCAUGUUAUUUUACUUUGAUCGGACGUGUUUAAAAAAAAGGAAUUUGUGGAAGGAACUGGGGUGGAUCUUGGGGAAAAUCUUUUUCUUUUUCUGUUAAUGAUGUGGGACGGUGGUAAGAUUUGUACAAUUCAAUCUGGAUAGUGGGUUAAACAAAUUAAGCUUUAAAUUGGGAGUGAGAGCUUGUAGAACCAAAUUAAGGAAAGGGGAAUACAAUUGGGGGAGGGGGAGUCCCAGAAAGUAGGGAAUGAAAGUAAGGUUUUUAAAUAUCUUCUUUCUUUUGCCUUUUUUCUCUGUAUUUUUAUAUUUUUGGAAACUUUAAUAAAUAUGAUUUAAAAAAAAAAAACAGAAUGGCUGUAGGGGGUUGAGAGAGCCCCCAGAACAGUGUGCAGGGGAGGAGAGGGAAGAUUGCUCCAUCUGGCAAGCGGAAAUGAAAUAAUUGUAAUAGCACAACAUUGAAUUUCACCAUCAAAAUUAAUAUUUCUUGUUUUUAGGUAGUUUUUAAUCAACAGAGCUCUUAUGAUUUUAGCCCACUAUAGAAAUUGAAGGUGUAGCUUUUAAUGUGAUUCAGUAACAGGAAGACCAACAUGCUACUAUAGCAGACCUAUUUGCUAUAGUGGAAGAGAAUUCCUGAUGCCCAACAGGACUUUUCCUUGCUGUUCUUUCCACUGGCAAUGCAUGCAUACACUUAAAAUCUUCUCUUGAUGAUUGGAGGAGCCUUAUUUGGUGGGCAGCAGAGGGGAAAGAGGGAAGGAAAGUCCUAUUGUGUGAGUAGAAUUCCAUUCAGACAUCAUCAAAUGCAAUCUGUUUCUUUUUGCAUCCAAAAUAAAUUUGUCUGCUCCACUUUAAGUCUGGAGAAUAGAAUGUUAUCUUUCAUUUUUCAUGAUUCAGAAAACAAAAUGCACAAAUAACAAUAAAAUGUAAACUCUUUGACCACAUUACAACCUAUAUCUGUUCCUUGAAUUUUUCAAAUAUAAUUCAUACUGGGGAGGGCUUGGGCUUGUUCUGCCUUCUGGCAGGGGAAACAAAACAAAGGGAGGUGGAAAAUGCUGGUGUCAGAAGAUUACCGUAUUUUUUGUGUAUAAGAUUCCCCCAUGUAUAAGACACCCCCUACUUUUGAGGACACCAGAUUUAUAAAAUGGGCAUAUGCACUAUCCGUGUACAAGACACCCCCAUAUUUUUAACCUUAUUUUAAAGUAAAAAAAUCCUAGUCUUAUACAUGGAAAAGUACAAUAUGUGCCUAUAAUCAGUAUUUUUGUUUAAUUCCUGGGUCAUUACAUUCAUUGGUAGAAACAAUAAACAAUUCAGUGCUCACUUGACAAUGGGCUAUUAGUCCCCCCCCCCAAAAAAAAAAUUGCCUGAUGGAUGGCUGCAAGCCAGUUAAGUGCAUUAACAGCAACCAGCAAUGAAUCUCCUAUUUCCAGUGCAAGCCAGAGGCGUAGCGGGGGGCGGGGCAGGGCACACUGGGCACCACACCAUGAGGGCGGCACUUAGUGUGAGGCCCACGCAUCUCUCCUAGGAGUGACGUGGUGGCUCAGGCGCCUGCAGGCUCUGUGCUACUCAAAAUGGCAGCCGUCUUACAGCUGAGGGGAAGAUGGCGGGUGGACUCCUUGGAGGCUCUGUGCAGCGCACUCUGCCCUGGCUCACCCCACCCCCAUGGGUGGCUUGUCCCGGGUGCAGGAGCUGCUAGCUACACCACUAGUGGAAGCUUCUAAAUUGUUAAAGCAAGUGUGAAACUAUGAAAAACAAAUAAUGCUGAAAUAAGUUUUUGUUUUUAAAAUGCAGUCCUCUGUAGCCAUUAUGGCAACAUCAUCUGAAGAAGUGUUACUAAUAGUAAAGAAGGUGCGUCAAAAGAAGCAAGACGGAGCUCUUUACCUCAUGGCUGAAAGAAUAGCCUGGGCUCCUGAGGGCAAAGACCGAUUCACAAUCAGCCAUAUGUACGCAGAUAUAAAAUGUAAGUGAAACACCUAACACUUGUUUCAUCAUGUAACGUUUGGUUGAAUAUAAAUGUUAAAUGCUUAGCUGUUCUGUUUGAAGAGUUCAGGAUGGGGGCUAAAUAAACAAACCUCCCUAAACAUGUUUAAGUCAUCAUGCUCAUUGGAUAUUGCAUUGUGGUUUUAGUUUUGAAAAAAUAAGACUUGCAGAACUCUACCUGUUUCUCCACAGCAACCUUAUGUGGAGAUAUUAUUUUCUUGGAACCUGCCAACUUUUGCUGCACUGGCUAGCAUUACUGUGUUACAGAACUGCUCCUUACUGUUUGCGAGUCUUUUGCUUUCAGAAAUGAAUUGUCUUUAUUGGGAGAAAACCUGUAGGUCUUCCGAGUGAUAAGUGGAAUAACAUAAAUAUGGGGAGAUGCUGUGAUUUAUUAAGAAGAGUUUGUGGCUUGUACAUAGGAAGGAUUUGAGCAGUGGUUUUCAACCAGUGUGCCAUGGCACCCUGGGGUGCCUUGAAUGAUGGUCAGGCGUGUUGCAGGCAACACUAGCCUCUGUCCCUCUUUCCUUCCCUCCCUCCUCUGAUGCCCUCUUGUGUCUCUGCCUCCCAAAGGCUUGCGCAGCUGUUUGUUGCAGCAGCCCUAGCUAUAAGCUCUGGAGGCGAGUGGUGCCUCUGGGAGACACCUCUCUGGAGCAGCGGGGCGGGGGGCGGAGCUCAGAAACCAGGGACAGCAACUUACCGGAGGACUCCCAAGGAGAGGGAAGAGGAGGCUGAGGGAACACUCCACAAGGGAGGGUGUUUGAAAAAGGGUGAGAGGCUGCCAGCUCUGUGAAAGGGGUGACAUAACUGGACUCCUGAGCCCCACAGGGGUGCCACAGAAAGACUGUAGUUGGUUAAGGGAGCCGUGGACUCAAAAAGGUUGAAAACCUCUGGAUUAGAGCAUGAGCCCCAGGCUGUCCUCUAAAGGGAUUAGGAUAACAGUGCAGUGAGAGACAUCUGUCCAUUGAGUGUCAGUCAGGCCUCAUUGCUGUUUAUGUGAAUGGUUGCUGUAAAUAGAUAUUGAAUAGAAUUGUAUGUGCCACUCUUCUGUUUUCAUCAGUGUUCCAGGUGGCAUUAGAAAAGUCAUACAAGCUGAAAAUCUAUUGUUGUGCACAUAGAAAUUAUUUGGGGAGCACUUCUGUUAUGUAAUUUAUAUUCUUUAGGCCAGAAAAUCAGUCCUGAAGGAAAAGCUAAGAUUCAGCUUCAGUUGGUACUACAUGCAGGGGACACAACCAACUUCCAUUUCUCUAAUGAGAGCACAGCAGUGAAAGAGAGAGAUGCAGUAAAGGAUCUCCUUCAGCAGUUACUGCCCAAGUUCAAGAGGAAAGCUAAUAAAGAACUUGAGGAAAAAAACAGGUAAAGAAUGUCCCUGUGUCUUUUACUUACAGUGUAAACCAAUUUUGGUAAUUUGUUAAACUGUCUUGUAAUUGUGCCAGAUCCAUUAUGGCUAAGGUAUUGGGAGCUCCUGUCCCUAAUUGUAACAGUAGCCUGGCUUGAUUUCCAGGUGCAUAGAUGUUGUGCGAGUGGAGUGAGGAAUCAGUUUUCAGUGAUCCACACCUCCCCAGUCUGUCCUGUUGGGUCUUCCAGUCCUCUGUCACGAAUUUGGAAGAGGGGUGCAGGACACUGCAUGAGACAGUAGGAUCACAAAAAAACUGCUUCACUUCCUGUUCUAUUAGAUAAUAUUUUAUAUAAUUAUUUCAUAUAAUGUUGGUUUCGAAUUGACAUACCUUGAUUUAAAAAAAUUAAUUGUAUGUAUAGUAAUUUUCAUGUUUCAUGAACUUACCACUUUUGUAAAUCAAAAUUUGAGUAUCAAAACACCACAGCUGCCAUUUACUUGUAUGUAGCUUGCACAUAAACACUAGCUUCUGGAAUCCAGUAAGUUAUCUUUGGAAUUAAACACUUUGAACAAUUUUUAAUCUUCUCUUGCCAGAAUGCUGCAAGAAGAUCCUGUUUUGUUUCAACUUUAUAAAGACCUUGUUGUGAGUCAGGUGAUCAGUGCUGAGGAGUUCUGGGCCAACCGUUUAAGCAUGAAUUCUGUGGACAGUUCUACUGCAUCUAAUAAGCAGGAUGUGGGCAUUUCUGCAGCUUUUCUGGUAUGUUUAUUGAGGGUUUCUUAAUCUAAAAAUAUUUUUAGCCUUCUUUUAAGGGUAAAAGUUCUCUCAGGGUGACUUACAAGAUGAAAGCAUACAACAAAACACAAUAAAAUAGAGUAAGCGAGAAAAGAGCCCAUUUUUAAAAAAUAAAAAGAAUAACAUAGAAAUAAAACCGUCAGAACCUCAACAAGAGCAGUUCAAGGGAAGACCAAGGGAAACAGGUGUGCUUUCAGAGCUUUCCAAUAGACCUGUCGCAACAAGGCCUGCUGGAAUCCAGAUGAUAUGGUAUUCUCAAAUCUGCUGUCUAGUGGUUGCCAGUCUUAACUGCUCUCACAGUUGGGCAGGUAAAAACAGCCUGCAUUGUGCAAGCAGGCUGAUAUGGAUGCAGGCCGUUCUUCAAGUAACUUGGACUGUUCUUUUAAGGUCACAAGGGCUGGGGUUUUUUAAGUCACAGUGCCAUUUUUUCCAGGCUCAAUUCAAGAUGCUGGGCUUGUUCUUUAAAGCCUUGAAGAGCCUGGAACUGGAGUGCUUGAAGGUCUGCCUUCUUUGGCAUGAACAUACCCAUUAAUUAAAAUAUUCUCUGAAGGCCCUUUUCCAGUAUACCUGCCUUCAUAGAUUAGACAAAUGGGUCAUCAAGGAGAGGGUCUUUUCUCUGGUUCCACCUAAGCUUUGGAACUUCUAAAGGCAUGUUAGCUUAGCACAUUUUUGGAAACUUUCAGGCACUGGGCUAAGUCUGUCCUGUUCUCUUGGGCUUUUGACAAUUCAAUGAUCCUGUCCACAUAUGUUAAACCAGGGGUGCCCAAACUUUUCAAAGAGGGCCAGAUUUGAUGAAGUGAACAUGCGUGAGGGCCAACCAAGUUGUUGACCUUUUUUAAGGAUUGAAGUUGUUGAGCUUUUUUCACAAUUUUACCCCAAAGUUGUUGAGCUUUGGGAUAGAAGCUGCAACCUUGGUGUUAUCAGCACUACCCCUCUAACCAACUCAGCUAUCCAGGUCCUCACUGGACCCUAAAAGAAACAAUAAUGCACAGAAUUAAAACAGCACCAUGUCUGUUUAUAGCAACAAAAUGCACAGAUGAGAAAAACUGGCUAUAGACACAUUACAUGAGAGGCACACAUUGGCUUAUGCACACAAAAUAAUUCUGUAUGUUUCCAACUGCAAAUUUCUCAGGAGGGGAGAAGAGAGAAAUGAGUAGACAUUUCCCCCAUUUUCAGAAAUACCGUAUUUUUCGCCCUAUAGGACGCACUUUUUCCCCUCCAAAAAUGAAGGGGAAAUGUGUGUGCGUCCUAUGGGGCGAAUGCAGGCUUUCGCUGAAGCCUGGAGAGCGAGAGGGGUCGGUGCGCACUGACUCCUCUCACUCUCCAGGCUUCAGGAAGCUAUCCGCAAGCCGUGGGAGCCCGCAGGAGUUCCCCCGUGCUCCCACAGCUUGGGCAGAGCUGCCUGCACCCCGAAGCCCCGGCGCACUGAGCCCCCAGAAUCCAACCUCAGGUGCAAUUCUCUACCAGCCCCUCAUAACUUCUCUUCGUCCCAUAGAUUUUGCCCCCCAAUCCCGGUUUUUAAAAGAGUGAGUGAGCAGUCCUCGAUUCUACUCCCACAGGCACCCUUCUUCCCCAACCAUCCCUUUUUUCCUGCGCUCCCCCCAGUCCACUUCCCAAAGGUUGCCACCUUUUCCUUGGCGCCUGCUCUGCACCCUUUUAACAGCACGAAAUCCAGCAGGGUGCCAUUCUCCCUAUUCCUUCGAUUGCUGGAUUUCUGCUUACACCUCUUGCCAAGGGGGAGGGAAAGAAGGAGUGGCAACCCUGAACUUGCCUUGGAUCCUUCACCCCCCCCAACCCCUCACUAGACACACAGCUCUCUUCUCCAGAUCACCUGCUUUAAAGUCUCUGUUCCUCUCUACGCCAACCUGCUCUGCCUCAUAUUUUGGUGUCAACCCACCUGCAAAAACCCCUCACCUCCAAGCUUGUAAAAAGGCAAGCAAGACCCAUCACCACCAUCGCCUGUGGGCUGCUCUUUAGUGUGAGCAAGUCUCUCACUUCCUGGCUCCUCCAGACGUCCCCCCCCCCUUAAAGUGAUUGAAGGCUCUUUCUUUCUUUCUUUCUUUCUUUCUUUCUUUCUUUCUUCUCUUUCUCUCUCUCUCUCUUUCUUUCCCUCCCCUCUCUCUCGGGCACCGCGCCCUCCUCCCAACCCUGCCGCACUUCCUCAGCGAGGAGAACCACAGAAUUGUAGUCAGACGGGACCCCCCCAAAGGUCCUUUAGUUCAACCCCCCUGCGAUGCAGCAAUCUCCACUGAAGCAUCCACGGUAGAAGUCCCCCCUCGGCCUCUCCCACGUCCCGCCACGCGUCCAUCCACCGGCCGCUCCACGGCUCCUCCCGCAGGGCCAGAAAUGCUCCGAGGGCGCAGCCAUCCCUCUCCUACCCUUUUCCCACCCGCCCCGUAGUAAGCAAACUGGGGCUGGGUCACACACUGCCCCCAGGGUCGGUCCUCCUGCAACCCCUUCCCCACCCACCCGCGUUUCAAUUCCCUCCGAGCCGCAGCAGGACUCCGGAGCUGCUGGACGAGGAGCUCGGCACAAGUGGAUGGAAGUCCCAGGGAGCAGCUCCGUCGCCUCCGCUCCCCUCUCUCCUACUGCCGGAGCGGAGCCGCGGCCCCGGAGCCCCAGGCGCUCCCAGCCCCGCCCCCCGGCGCUCAUUGGUCCGAGGAGGCCCCCGUGGGCGGAGACUGGCAAGCCGGUAUUAAAAAUCACAUGGGCAGCGCUCAAAAGAGAGGCAGUAGCGAGAGAAAAAAGCGAGAAUAGAAGGUGAAGGCUGGCAGCCGGUGGCGGCUACACGGGCCACAUGACGAGGUCUGGCGGGCCGGAUUCAGCCCGCGGACCUUGUGUUUGACACCCGUGUGUUAAACCAUAGUUUAAAACAAACAAUAGUGCAUGCUGCUCAACAGUUUCCAGAGCACUCCUGCUGAACCAUAAAUGAAACAAGCCAGAGUCUCACUUGUCAUGUUCCCUGAACCCAGGCCUGUGGUUUGUUUCCUCCAAACAAGCUACCAUGAUGUAUAGCCACUCAUAUUCCUUGAGCCCUCUUUUUUCAUAUAUGCUGAUCUAGGAAGUAUUAAACACCACAAUUGCGUCCAGGUGUGUAUGUUAUCUGCAUGGGAGUAUAGAAAUAAGCCUUGGGCUCAUGCCCCCUCUCUCUCAUUAUGCUCGAAUCUGUAAUCAGGACUGAGGCUUACACACGUAGGUACUAACUAGCUGUUUCUCAUUAUAGGUUAAGUAUUGGACAUAAGGAUGUGUACAAGCCAUUAUGACACAUAGUAUUGACAUAGUUCGUUGGUGCCAUUUAACAAUGAUUUGCAAAAGUUCAAAUAAAUUAUUGUCAGUAUUUAUCUUCUUGUAGGCUGAUGUUCGACCUCAGACAGAUGGAUGCAAUGGUCUGAGAUAUAAUUUGACUUCAGAUAUCAUUGAAUCUAUAUUUAGAACUUACCCUGCAGGUAAAUAAUAUAUUCAAAACUGAGCUUAUAUAUACAUAUGUAGCGUCCCUGGUAUCUAUAUCAGUUUUUUCUGACUUUUCAAUUCACGUAUCGACUUCCAUAUAUUUUCUCUUUCAUUUUAAACUUUUAAACCAUAAAAGGUUGGUGUUUUCAGCCUUGCAUCUUUGUCCUGUGGGAUGUUAAAUGAUAUUAAUUGAUUUUACAUUUAAACUGUAAUGAUCUGUCCUUAUGGAACCUCUGCUUCUCCAAGGUAACCUAGGAUUCCCCAUUGUGUGAACUUUAUAAAUUGUAUGCAUAACCUAAAUUAAUGGUUACAUCUGAUUCACAUGAAUGGACUUUGUUUCUCUCCACGCUAUACUGUCUUUACUUCCCCUCUAAGCUGCAGAAGAGAUUAGUUGAUGGGUUGCAAAAGUAUUUUAUUUAUUGUGAUCACUUCUUCCUCUUGUAUUUCCCAGACUGGAAGUGACUUGGAAAGACUUAGAAGGGAAGGGAAUUGGUGGCACAGGAGUACCACAGGGAUAAUUUCCAUUUGGAAAUUUCUUGAAAGGAGCCAGAAAAUUGAAUGAAAACAGAAUGAAAGUUCCUCCACCUGUUGCUCACUCCCACUCUACUUAAAUGUUAGUUAUCUGAAACAGCUAAGAGGAAGAUAGACCUGGCCUCAGGCAGGCCCCUUGCUUUGAAAUGUAGAAGAGGAAAGAUCUGGCCCUUCACCUCCCAUUUGAAAAUGGCUCACAUCAAACAGCAUAUAUCAACCAUUUGCUAGAAAGAUUAAUAGACUACUCGUUUUUCCUGAGAACACUGCCUGAUGACAGAUCAGCAGUUAAAUUCCAUUUAUUUGUGUUGUAAACAAGGCCAAUGUCAAUUUAAAUUACACAUAUUUAAGCACAUAUAUAAAUAGCAUGAUAUAGUAGUUCCCAAAAGGUGGCUUGAGUCCACCAGUUGGUGUCUUGAACCUUGCAGUUGGUUACAAGCUUGCCAUCAAUGGCAGAUAUGGGGGUGGGAGCAUGCAAAGAGUUUGGAGUGGUUUCUCUCCUCCCCCCCCCCCCCACUUCCUGGUCAAGGAUCAUGCAAGUUCUGAACAAAAAUAAAAUCCUGUUUGUGUGUCCUGUUAACAGAAUGUUUGGAAACAAUUGAAUGAAUCUUCUUCCAUUCCUAUUCAAUGUUACUUUUUCAUUGCAUGUUGAACUAUAUGUUUGCUGUUAUGAUACACUGUAAAUCAUCCUGUAAUCCGAUACAAUGAGAAAUAUAAAUACAUUGUAAAUUAUUUAAUUUGAAAAUAAAGUAUCAUUUCUAAGUGUUUUAUGUUUGUCAUGCUUGCAGUAAAACUGAAAUACGCAGAAAAUGUUCCUCACAAUAUGACAGAGAAAGAAUUCUGGACACGAUUCUUCCAGUCUCACUAUUUCCACAGGGAUAGGCUGAAUGCAGGAUCAAAAGACCUUUUUGCAGAAUGUGCCAAAAUGGAUGAAAAGGGUAUGUUCUGAUUUCUUCGCCUGUAGACAAUACACUGCAGUUUCUAGCCAAGUUUGUCAGCUUCAGUAAUUAUACCAAAUAACAUAGAAAUCAUAUCUGGUAAAUACUAUACUCAAGAGUAGGAAACUAGAGUACUAUACUUAACUAUUAUAAUAUUUUAAAAGUUUUCAGCUUGUGAUAUUGAACUUUUAAAGCAGUUCACUCAGCAAUAAGUCCUAUUGACUAACAUUCCAAGAUGGUAGGAUUCCACCACCAUGUUUGAAAGGUGGAUACUUCUUUGCUUACCUUUUUCAUGUUUUAUUCAUAUUAUUUUUAGAAUUAUUGCACAUAUAUGCUAGAAACAAAGGUAACCCAUACCAGCAAAUCCAACAAAGUUUUCUUUGGAGAUCCCCAAAAGUACACUAUGAAAGCCUGUAUUCUCAUCCAUACACUAAGACUUAUAACAGUAUGCAUAUGUAAAACAUGUUCUUACUAAGUGAACCACAAGUUAAUAAGGUAGACACUUUUUUUCUUCUAUUUUUCCCAUUGAUGAUUUUGUCUAUGAAGGAAGGGGUGGAAAUGACUCUGCCACAAUACUUGCAAAGCUAAUUGAAAACACAUCAGUAAUUUGCUCACAUAGGGUUGUAUCCAGCUCCCCGGAGCACAUUGAUUAAAUUUUUCAAUAGUUGGUUCUGAUAUGGCAUCCUGUAUUAUAAAUUCUCACAAUUGAGUCCUUGAGUGUAUUUUGAGGGUGCAUGGGAGAGGAGAGGGAUGUUUCAUUGAGCAAGCUGCAGUCUGUUGCACAAGUGGGACAGCAGUGAGGAACCACAUGUUAAAGAAAAGUGGGUGCUUAUUGAAAAGUAGUACGUAGGUAUCUAUCCCAUAAAGUCACUACAGUCAUAAUUGUGGCUUCUGAUUGGCUGCAGGAAGCUCCUGCAGCCAAUCAGAAGCUGCGGAAGCCCCGUCAGACGUUCGGGUUCCAAAAGAACAUUCACUUUCGGGUUUGCGGCAUUCAGGAGCAAAAAUGUCAGAGUUCCAGGGCUUUUGGGAUCCAAGGUACAACUGUAUAUGUAUAACACAGAAAAACAUAUUUGUUUGGUUCACAUGUAAUGCUAAGGUGUGAUUCAAGCAAAGCAUCUGGCUUGCACUUUCUCCCUCCCUUCUCCCAGCUAUUCAGUUAGGAGAACUUUAUAACAACGUUUCAUUGCUAAAUGAGCUAGCUUCAGACCGUGACUUAUGAAGGUGGCUCACGUUAACAAAUGCUGGUUGUAAGCCAUGGUGCCUAGCCUAUAUGCAAAGCUAAAAGCUCGAGCCUUCCCAGCUGUUUGGGAGUGGGUAAAUCACACACAUCUGUUAAGUGCUAAAUCGUGUUUCUUUUUGUAGGCUGCUUGCCCCACUUGCUAAGCUUAGAUUGCACUGUUAGGCUGAAAGACCUAUUUCAGUAUGGCAUAUCAUCCUCCAAGUAUAUAUGGAUUUUCCCUCUUUCCCCUAGGAUUAAAAACAAUGGUGUCUCAAGGUGUGAAAAAUCCUUUAUUAGAUUUAACAGCCUUGGAAGAUAAAACGUUGGAGGAAGUAAGUAUGAGUGAUUUAAAACUAUGAAUUGUAUAAUAUGUAUGCCAAGUAAGCAUAGGGUAUUGGCUCUCAGGACUCUGGGCUAUACCGCUUCCAUAGCCAUGUCCCUCACCAGCCCUUCUUCACACCAUCCAUUCGUGUACUUAUGUGGCUGGAGUGUGUCCUUGAAUUCUGAUAAUGCCUCUUGCUUGCCUGAAGGACACUACUAGUACAUUGCCAGGUUCCAUAAUUUAGCUUGCCAUGACAAGUAUACUGCUGCCAUUUGGCAAGUAUGACAGACCCGCCUUCCCUCUCAGUGGGGAUCAUUGCCUUAUUGGCUCUUGCCAAGAAAUCAGUUACUAGUUUCAGAAAGUCUAUUUGCCAUUGGGCAAUAAUUAUUUGGCACUAGUAGCAUGGUGCAUCUCUUGCAAAAGCUGUCUUAAUUAUGUUCUUGUUGAGAUCCGGAUAAGAGAUUUAAAGAUUGGGAUACCAACUCUUACAGUGUCACAACCUGCACUGGACCACGCUGCAAUGCCAAUAGUUCAGCAUCUGAUUUCAGAUCUUCAUAUUUUAAAAUGCAGGAUGUCUUAUUCAAACAUUUUAUCAUCUCUUCCUUUGCAGGGUUAUGGUGUUUCCUUGGCGGCUUCCACAUCCAGCGCUACAAAAUCAAUAAAAGAGAGUAGCAAUGCUGCCAUUAUAAAACGGUUUAACCAUCACAGUGCCAUGGUCCUUGCAGCUGGGCUCAGAAAACAGUAAGUUUCAGCUAAGAACAGAUCUUCAACUAGACUGAAAAUCAGCCAAGUCUAUACUGUCAAAUAGCCCAGCUCUAUUUGUGCUGAUGUUUAAUAAUAGAAAUCAAAAUUAAACUGUCAAACCAUGCCCUUUAUAGGUCUGCUCAGAUUGGCUCUGACGUCGGGUCUCUCUCAGGCAGUUUUUAUUAACUUACUUAUUGGGUGCAUGUAUUGUCCAUCGAACCAAAAGUCCCAGGAUGGGCACAUCACUAAAACUGUCUUCUAUCAAAGGAAGUGUACAUGGGGCUAGAGGCUGCUGCCCAAAGGAAACUGUCUUCUCCUUACCCCUGACACAUUGCACUUGCAUAAAUGCUUUUUGCUUGUGCAUAGAGAUGAGGGAUUGAAUCCUGACCAUUGUACAGAUCUAACUAAAUUUGAGUAGUUUGAGAGAAUACAGUAUAAUGCCUAAUUCUUGCUUUUCAGAGACACACAGAAUGACCACUACAAUGAGGCCAGCAGUAUGGAUGGAAAUUCCAGAGAUUCAGAUUUCUUUCAGCCACCGGUAAAAAAGGUAAGACUGUCUUUGUUAUUCUAAAAGAACACAAAUGUUCUCCCUUAUGGGACUAUGCCAAGUUAUGCUUCUUGUGUCUAGUUCUACGGUACCAUGACUAUGCCUUGUCUUACAGGUAAAGCUGCAAGAGUCCAUUGAAUAUGAAGAUUUAGAAAACAACAACAGUGUUAGAACUAUUGCACUAAACCUAAAGAAAUCAGAUAGGUAUGAUUUGCAGGCCAAAUAAAGUAGUUUGGUUCUUUUGGUUCAAUACAAAAAACAUUGAACCUGUUCGCCUCUUUUCUGUACGUCAUGCUUUCAACGAGAAAGAAGCAUGCUUAUAUACACAUUACCUUCAAUUAUGUUUUUUAUAAAAAGAAAUAAAAGAGAAUCUUGCCCUCGGGCUUACAGUUUAACAGACAGCAGCAGAAAAAGGGGAAGGAAGGGCUGGCAAAUCUGAAGAUACCCCAGAACACUGUGAAAAACAUGAAAAUAAUUCCAAAUAUUACAUUCUGCUUUUGCAAGAGCUUUAUAUAAGCAGAAGUGAAAUAGUGGCUGUAAAAUGUUACCACACAGUUCUGCAGAAACUCUUGUAUAUGCUCUUGUACAUGCAUUUGCAAAAUACUUACCACUGUUUUCUUUCCACUUAACAGUCAUUGUCGAAUCUAGCACUUAGGCCUAAAUCCAACAUAGAGAAGCAUUUUUUCACACAUUAAUUUCAAUGGGCUUAAGCAGUGUUUCCCAAGCUUUGGUCUCCAACUGUUUUUCAUCUGCAACUCCCACCAUCCCUCACUAGCAGGACCUGUGGUCAGGGAUGAUGGGAAUUGUAGUCCCAAAACAGUUGGAGACCCAAGUUUUGGGAAACACGGGGGUUUAAACAAAGUCUAAGUCUUUGUUGGUUUUAGGCUAUAAUCUUUUUCACUUGUUAAGAUAAUUAGGUGGGUUAGAAGUGGUUGCAAUAUUUUAUUGGCCCAUGUGUUCCUCACUUUACCACUUUUCUGGUUGUUUUUGUUUUGUAUUUUCUGAAAAAUUGACUUAAUUGGUUAUCCAGCUUAAUCAGACACAAUCACUUAGGUUCCCUUGCAGUAGAAGAUUUCCUUUUCUGGAAAAUCAAUAUGCAUUUUAAGAAAACAAAUUUUUCAUUUCGAGCAGAACAAAAGGUGCUACAAAGGUACCUACAGAGUGGGGUUGAACACUGAGAAAUUGGACUCUUAUUCCCAGAUUUUUAAUUAUCAUUUCUCCUUUGGUCAACAGGUAUUAUCAUGGUCCAACACCAAUUCAAUCACAGCAAUAUGCAACUAGCCAAGAUAUUAUUAAUUCUUUGUAUAGUAUUAGAGAAGAAAUGGACACUUAUGUACCCAAACUAACUCAGGUAGGAUAUGUAUGUUGCUUUAUUAAAUAAAACAAAACACCCAAACUGGAUUCUGAUUGCCCAUAUGAUUAGAAGAUUGGAUAUUGAUUGAUGCUGCCCAGCAUACAUAAUCUUGGGAGAGCAAAUGUUAUGUUUCUUUGGAUAUUGUAAAAUAGUUUGAGAACUAUUUUUAACAAGCACAGAAUAUUCAGCUUCAAUGUGUUACGUUUUUUAACUGAUAGUUGUCAUGAUUUGCAUAAUUGCAUCAGCUAUAAUGAAGUCUACUGCAGUCUUGCAAAUAGUGAAAGCUACAUGUGUAACCCUUUUUAUUAUUCAUAUUGCACCAUUAUUGUGCAUGGUGCUUUACAGAAAACAAUUGGUCAGGUACCUGCUGUGGUGAGAUUACAAUAUAAAAAAAAACCAAAUGCAGGAGAACGGUUGAGGAAGGGGAGAGAAUAGAAAGCAGAGGUAAAUGGGGAGAGAAUGUGUGAUUAUUUCAGCUGUAUAUACAGUGGUACCUCAGGAUUCCGGAGCGCCGUUCACAUCCUGAAUAGAACAUAAGACGUGACUGCGCAUACGCGGGUCGCGUUUUGCCACUUCUGUGCAUGCGCGUGACGUCAUUUUGAGCGUCUGCGCAUGCGCGAGCGGUGAAACCCGAAAGUAACGAGCUCCGUUACUUCCUGGUUGCCGCGGAGCGCAACCCGAAAGCACUCAACCUGAAGCACAUUCAACCCGAGGUAUGACUGUACAGUGGUGCCUCGCAAGACGAAAUUAAUCCGUUCCGCGAGAGUCUUCGUCUAGCGGUUUUUUCGUCUUGCGAAGCAACCCUAUUAGCGGCUUAACGGAUUAGCGCUAUUAGCGGUUUAGCGGCUAUUAAAGGCUUAAAGGCUUAGCGGAUUAGCUGCUAAAAGGCUAUUAAAGGCUAUUAAAGGCUUAGCAGAUUAGAUAAAGGGGGAAGCGAAAAAAUCUCUAGACUCGCAAGACAUUUUCGUCUUGCGAAGCAAGCCCAUAGGGAAAUUCGUCCUGCGAAGCAACUCAAAAACGGAAAACCCUUACGUCUAGCGGGUUUUCCGUCUUGCGAGGCAUUCGUCUUGCGGGGCACCACUGUACUUAGUUACAGUCUGGCAUGGAACCCUGUUAAGCUAUCAGUUUUUGCAAGUGGUUCUUCCAUGUGAAUGCUUCCCAACCACCAACAGUUCUUGCUUGUUCACUACAGCCCUCUACUGUAAGUCUACAGAGUUGUAACAUGUAAGGUAUUAAAUCACUUCUAGGAUAAACUCAGGCCUCUGUUGGAGAGGAUUAAAUGUGGGGCAUCCACAGAAAAUAUAUAUGGGUGGAUUCAGCUUGGUUGUUUCAUGCAUGGAACAAGGUUUGCUUGUGAAAUGGGACUUUGCCCCCACCCCAUACACUUCCUAAAUCAACUUUGGAUGGUUGACGGCAAAGUCCCAUCGCGUGAGUGGCCUUGUUCUCCAUGCACAUACCCCACUUACCACUAUGCUGAAUUCCACUCUCUGUUCAGAAGGCCUUUGGAGGACACUUAGUAUUGUUUCGUUCACUCAAAUAAUCAAUACUGUAUUGGGAUAUAUGAAGAAGACAGUCUUUUGAGUUUAAAGGAACCAGGCCAUUUUGAUCCAUGAUUGCAUAACCUAACUGCCUUAGCACAUUAACUGCUCAGUUAUGAAACAUCAUAGUGCUUUGCUCGUUCAUUCAUUUGCUUUUUUUUUUUGAGCUCUCCGUCUGUACACCUUGCAGUUGAGCAGCAGGAAGUGAAAACGUGCCUCUUCUUGUACUGCACUUUCAAACAUUAGAUGUGAACAGAUUGUUCUUGCUGUUGGUUUGGUGUUUUUUCUCCCUUAUUCUGACAGCCAGCUUGAUUUUUCUGCUUCUGCUAUUAGGCUAAAGUAUGUAAAGCACUUUAAGAAUGGUUAUGGCUGAGUUAUAUAAAUAUAAUAAAUAUCCACUUGGGGUAUAACAAGAAUUGUCAUUCUUAAUAUAACCCCAAAUAAUAAUUGUACUUUAGAACAAAAUUAAUAUGGCAUAUAACUAUAUGGUUACGCCCAUAUGACUCAAGUAAUAUCCAUAGGUUUUGAGGAGUUCUUUUAUUAUGGUGUCUGACCUUUAUUUUGCCUCUUUUUCAAGGUUAUCUCAAGUGGUGCUGCAAGUAGUACGAUCGCAGCUCUGUCACCUGGAGGAGCACUUAUGCAGGGUGGAACACAGCAAGCCAUAAAUCGUAAGUAUUUUAUGUCUUCGUCACUCAUGCCUUAUCAAAUGUGUGAAAUAGUCAUGUAAGCAUUAUAGGACAAUUCUUUUAGCUAAGGUGAAGAGAUUGAAAAUAUCUGACUAGUUGUACAACCCUGGCUGUGGCAAGAGUUCUUUUUCCACCCAACUCAGGCCAGUUGAAUAGUUUUCAGUGAGGGACAGUGGACCGGCCCCCUGCUGAAAAAGUUUGCUGACCCCUGGCCUAGUCCUUAACUGUGUGGGAUCCUCUAAUGAUGCUAAUAUCAAAAACACAAUUUUCUGCCCACUGCCAACUAUCACAGUUUGUGAGCCGAGGUGGUGGUAUAAAUGUGACUUGCCUUCAUUGUUUUUGACUGCAGAGAUGGUGCCAAAUGAUGUUCAGGCUGAGCUGAAACACUUGUAUGUGGCACUAGGAGAGCUGUUGCGACAUUUUUGGUCCUGCUUUCCGGUUAACACACCAUUCCUAGAAGAGAAGGUAGGAAGGAUCUAUAGUAGGACUUGGCAUAUCCCUAUCAUCAUUGAUAUACAGCAGUCUGUUCUGUAAUGAAAUGUGCAUGCUGAGAUCUGUUGAUAUGAAAGCUUUCUAUAAUGAAUGGCCUGCUGCAUGCAACAAUUCUGUCCCAGAUGAACAGCAGUGUGUAGAAUGUCAGCCUGAAGAAAGUUCGCUAUUGGAGCAAAUGUAGUACCAGCUGACCUUGCUACCUAAUCCAGUGGUUUUUUCAAAUAAUUUCAAAAGAGAUGAUUUUUGUCUUCAGGGACUUUAAAAGAAACUUUGAAAAUUAAUAAGUGCAGGAACGAGAGUUUUGCGCUGCAUAUGUGUUUUGUAUUUUAAUCAGGCAUGCUAUAGAAAGUUUAAAGUAUAACAACUUUAAAGAAACUUCCACAUGCUAAAACAAGUGUGUAGUCUGCUUUCCCAUUCAGUCAGAAGUUUUAGGGUUCUAUUUAAAUGUGUCUCUGCUAAUACACGGUUUUUUGAUCCAGUGGAAGAUUCUAAAAAUGGAAAGUGUGAGGUGGAAGUAAUUUUCACAGAUAUUUUUCCCCUUCCAUCUGUCUGACGUGACCUCCCCCCUCCCCCCAUCUGUUUCAGAGUUGGGGGCCCUUUUUUGGAAUAGUGUAGUGUGUAGCAUAGGGAGCAGCAAAAGAAAAAGGGACAUUUGCGGGGGUGAAACCCCCCCCCCCCCCGUUUCCCCACUUGCAGAAUGCUCCAGUGGAUUAGAGUUAUUUCAGCACAAUUAGAUACAAGCAUUAGGGUGAAAUCCAACAGUGGAAAUCUACCAGUGGAACGGAUAAGUUUGAAAAAGCAAAAUAGCUUCCUUUAAAUGUUUGUUCUCUGAUAUUUUCUCUUUCAGGUUGUGAAAAUGAGGAGUAAUCUGGAAAGAUUUCAAGUUACUAAACUGUGUCCAUUCCAAGACAAAAUUCGAAGACAGUAUUUAAGCAUAAAUGUAAGGGGGAAAGCAACCUACGAAUAUGAAAUAUAAGGGUAGCAUAAUGCAUUGUUCAUAUAAAUUGCUGAUUGCUAGAAAGAAUGGCAAAAUUGAUUUGCCUUAUAUGAAACAGGUACCAUUAACUUCAGAAAUAAAGAGGCUUUCAGUUUUUUCUAGAGUGGGCAGUGAACACCAUGAAAGUAUUUCCUGUAACUCAGCCCCCUUCCUUCUUAAAUGUCAACUUCGAAAAUGACCACUAUACCCACCUGUUCCUCCCAUGUCGUAAAAUGGACAGCACCUCAAUCAACUCUUUAACAGCAGGGACUUCACAUUAACUGAAGGUACCUUGUGGUCACUAUCCUGCUUCAAAGCUUUAUCAUAAUCAUGACUCAAGUGCCCAAACUCUUCUUUUCCUAUGGGUGGUCUUACUGAAUCCAUUGCCACGACCUGUAUAAGAUAAGGCUAAAGGUGCUUUUUUUUGUGAGUUAUUUAAACUUCCCUUCAAGUUUUUAGCUAUAUAUUGCCAGUGUGUUCUAUUGUGCAAUAGAGGACCAGUAAAAAAAAAGUUCUGACUCAUGAAAUGAAGUCUUCUCGUUUACCAUCACUGAUCUGUGUGUGAUUCUGCUUUUUUUUGCACUCAGAGAAGAUGAAUACUUGGUGUUCUAUACAACUCAGUUCUCCUCAGAGUAGACUCAAUCAAAAUUAACAGUCCAGACUUAAGUCACUUUCAUUAACUUCAUUGGGUACACCCUUAAUAGGACUAACAUUGAAUGUAGCCCUUGGCUUAGUAAUAUUUUUGUACUAAUUUUUGCAAACCUUGUUUUUUUUCAGCUGAUAAAUCACAUAGAAGAAAUGCUUCAAACAGCCUACAAUAAAUUCCACACAUGGCAGUCUCGGCGUAUGUUGAAGAAAACGUGAAGACCCAGUGAUGCCAGAUUUUUUGAGUGGGAAGCAUUUGCAAUAGCUGUAGGAAUGCAGCUACCCAGUGGGGUAUAUCUUACAGACAAUGCUGGAAAGUCAGCAUCAUACGGACUCCUGAAAACGAUGCUAACUGAACUUGCACACUUUCUGGAAAGAAACAAGAGGUCAAACUUGAAAACUAGGAAGUUAAAAGGAACCAAACCAGAAGAGCUAAGUGGCAAAUAUCUAUAUCUAUAAAUGUAAAGACACUGUUUACUGCAGUUACUCAGGAACUGCUUUUGAUUUUCAUAAAGAGCUGCUUUCAGAAAUAAAAACUUUAAAAAGGGUGUAUUAAUAAAAUCCAAGAUUGUUUGUCUAGUUUUUUAAAAGUGUAUGGUACAGGGUAGAACCUAAACAGUUAUUUCUUCACUGUAUCCUGGCAUUAUAUUGAAUUCUGUUUGUAUUUCUAGAAACAGGUUUAACAUUUUAAAUAUUAUUGAGAGACUUUUUUGCCUCAAAUUCCUAAGCAGCUUAGAUGCUAAAAUAAAAAAGUUUUGGGUUUUUUUGCCAUGUUUUGCUACAAAUCAACAGCCAAUGCACUGAUUAAGUUUGGUGUUUAAAGGAGGUACCUUUGACAGAAAGAGUGCAAAGUUUUAUGCAGGAUUUUUACCAGCCAUCGUUUACAUGUUUUCUUUUUACCGCUAGAGUGUGCUGCUGCAGUUUUUUAAAGUCUGACUUUUGUUUGGAGGUGAAACAAAAUCAUUUUUAAAGUGAGUUUAAGAAGCUUACAGAAACAAUAACUUUUUAUACUAUUGAGGGGAAAAACAAUCUUACAUGUGCUUUUUUCAGUUCUCUCCUGAUGACUGUUAGCGCUGUAUCUGGCGACUAGAUAAUCAUUGAAGAGUGAAAAUACGAUAUCUUUAGCUAUAUGUGGAAUCUGUUCCAUAUUAUGGUCCAAACAGGAAGCAUUUCACUCUUACCUAAGAUGUACCUGCCAUGUAUUAAAUACUUGACUUAUAAAAACAAAGUAAACUUGUUUUAUAUAGUCCAUGGAGUCAGACUCCUUAUAUUUUGUUGUCUUAAUGUCUUCCUCAUUAGAAGUCUAUUCUAGGACCAAGCAAAUGGCUUUGAUUAUGUGUGUGAUGAGAUCUAUUGAGAUAUUUUAGAAACCAGUGGUUUAUGACCCCAUAAUCCAUUAUUUUUUAGUGGCAACUGAUGGAAUUCAUUGGUAAGUUAGAAACUUUAUCCUAUUUUCAGAACUGUUCAUGCCCAGAAAGAAUUAUUAGUAUUACUGAUUUACAGUGUAUUGGCAUGAAGGAUCGCUUCCCACCUUGAGCCAUGUCUAUGAACUAGCAAUUUGAGAGCCACAAGAAUUUCUCCUCAUGCAAGAGUAUGUGCUUCUUUACAUGCUCACACAGUGUUCUCCAGUGAAUUGAUAUUCUGCAACAACCCAAACUUGAUAAGCAGACCACUGUAUCUAUACUGAAAUACUAUGAAGUAGAUGUAAGGCAUUAUCCUUAAACUUGCCAUUGCUUGCCUUUUCAGAGGGGCUGCAUGUUAUGUGUUGCAAAGUGAUUCUGCUUCUAAAUGAAAAGGAGCUUUCUCUUUGAUCGGACGCGGCAAAAUGUGAAAAGCUGGAAUUAAUCAUGAAUAAUAAAAGCUGCUGCUGCUGUGGUAAUGUCAACUUACUGAAACAUGGCUCUGGUAAUACGUCACUGUGUCUUUUGGGUGAGCCCCUCAAGCAAGUGUAAUUCUGAUGACCUUGUUGGCAGUGUACCAAUGACACAUACAUAUCUUCAAGUAUCAUCUGUGCAACAAAGAGCGUACUACAGGUGCCAGGCUGAAACAGCUUUUUGCAUCGAGAAAUGCUUCGGUCAGGCUCAAGUGCAGGAUUCAUGUGCACAUAUUCUACUUGAUCCUGUUGCUGUGAAGGCAUGAAGGUAUACAUUUGCACUGAUAUUUCUGAGCAAUAAUUAGCUGAUACAGACCAUAAAGGUGGGCUUCAUCAAAACUUAUUCAGGCAGAUAACCAGAUUGACGGUCAUUUAACAAAAUAUUUUUUCUGUCUACUCUUCCUGGAAUUUUAAAAUUUCCAUAGUUAUGUCAGGCUUUGGGACAAAAAAGUGUGUAAUUGCAGAAAUUUAAACACCGUGAAUGGUUUUUUCAAUUCUUUGACUUGAGAAGUACCAUGAGACUCUCCUACCAGAAGAUGGCAAUAGCACUAUCAUGCCUGCAUCAUGCCUACUCUCCUUACAUAGCUCUUUUGUGCUCUUGCUGUUUGACCUUUGUUGAUUCCAGUACUACUUAAGCAUGGUCCAAAACAGAUGAGCGACAUUAACUGUGAAAUGAUGUUUUGCUAACCAUGCAGUUAUUGGAAUCUGAAGAUAGAACCUGUAUUUAAUGGAAACUCAUGCAACUUGUAUCACUGGCAUUGAUCCAAAAUUGUAGAAUAAAUCUGAAUUCUGUAGUCAAGUGGUUUUUCUAUGCUUUAGGGUGUCUAUCUUGUGACUUCUCUCAAAUCAAGAGGAAAUAUCAACUCGAGAAUCUGAUAAUCAUGCUUGUGUAACUGAGUAUUUUAAAGCUUCCUUUGUUUUUGACACGCUGAACUGUAAUGCAUUUCAAAAUUUUACUUGCAAAUAUUCUAGGCUGCUGUGGCUGUCCUUCAGUUGAAAGGAAAAUAUCCUUUCCAUCUUUUAAAUGGGAGCCUCAGCUGUGUGUGCUACUGCUGCUCAGGCAUUGCAUGUUGGGUAAUGGCACACAUGCACAUCAAUGCUCACCCAACCAGACAGUCUGCACAUUCAGCAAGAGGUCUAGGAGAUCAAAGAAGAGCAGAGAGUACAGCUGCAGGAGGCUCUGGUUAGGCACACAAAGAACAUUUUCAGUGAUGAAUGUAAUGAAACAAUUGAACAAAUCUUUUGUUUAAAAAAUCAUUUACAUUUUUACUUGCAAAAAAUAGAAUACUAUACAUUUUAAUCAAAUAAUUUUUGAAAAGAAAUGCAAAAGUGUGCAUGCAACUCAUAAUGUCAUUAAAAUGUGGUGACUAUGUAUUUUCUAAAUAUAAGGAGUUCCAU